UGCUUAAAAUGCAUCAACUCUUCAUCCGAAAUAACUUUCUUUUGUUUAGAUCCAAACCAGACGGCGAAGAGUCGUCGAAUCGAAGAAAGUGACGAAAAGUAUUAACGGUUUUUGUAUCGACAGUUUGAUAUGUGGUCUUUUUGUAUCUGUGUUUGUCUCUUUUUAGCUUUCGGUGUUAGUUUAACCUAUAGAAAGGAUGAAGACUUUCCAUUCAGCGCCAUCUAUUACGAUCCAGCCACGAAACACCCGAUGCGCAUAACCUCAAUCGAAAACAUGUUGAUCAGCAAUAAGUAUUCGACCAAGACGAAUUUCCUUUCGCCCAAGAAACGACUGAGAAGAAUCGGUUUUAGGAGCAACGGUUGCACGUGCCAAAGCUUUCUCAACUGCGGAUGCUGUCUUGGGAUAAAUUUAAACCUAUUUGGGUUCAACAGAGAAGGAUGUAUGAAUUUUACUUAUGUUCCUGAAAAUUUUGGUAUCAACAUGGACGUCUUUAUGAAUAACAAAAGCAUUUAUUCCAAUGCAUUUUCAGCUAAAAACCCUCCACCGCUCUGUAUACCAAUACCGAUUCCCUACAUACCUCUACAAAUCGAAACCUGUGCGAGACUAUUCGACAUCUACACACCUGGCUCGAAUUUGCACAUGUGCCUGGACUUCGAAACCAGGAUUCUACGAACCACUGUGUUGGUUCUACACUUCGAUUGUAUACGAAUGGGGCUGGAUGGCUUUGCACUGUUAAAACCUGAAGACGGAGGGGGACUCCCGGGUCCAGCUAUAGUUGUCGAAGAGGAGGAUAUUGAUGUGUAUGAUGAGGUGACAGAGAUUAAAUAUAAAAAUCAUAAGUCUGUGCAUUAAUAAAAAGUUUUAUUUUUUA